UGUCGGUGUUGAUGAAGAGCACGUGAGGAGGCAGAGCAGCCUCAGAAGUUUCAUCAGCACCGACUCUUCAUGGAGACUCUUCAUCCCGGGACACUCGCAGCGGCUCAUGUCUGAGGAGGACGCAGGACACACGGACCACAUUUCUCUCGAUCGUCGGUGAAAAAUGAUCCCGGUUUUCUUUCUGCUGUUCCUCUUUGUCCGGAGCGCGGAGCUCCGCCACCUCCACCCGGAGUCUCACCCGGGGCUGGAGGAAGCAGGGGCAGAGGAGUCCUUCUCCCCGGGGAGGACGUCCGCGGACCGGGCGGAGAGCUUGAGAGAUGCCGACCUGAGGCGAGUCGCCCGCGGGGCUAAAGACGGGGGCUCCGGGAGGAGAGACCCGCACUCCUCGAGUGGUCUCGGGCAACCGCGGCGUUACGACGACCCGAGCGGCUUCUUCACCACACCGCGGACCGACCGGCGCAGCGCCGCCCCGCCGGGUAACCUCUCCUCCGGGUCCGGGCUCCUCAACCCGCUGCUCCCGGUCUCGAACGGUGCCUACUGGGCGUACGCGAUCAUGCUGCUCGCUCUCGUGCUGUUCGCCGCGGGCAUCGUGGGGAAUCUCGCGCUCAUGUGCAUCGUGUGGCACAACUUCUACCUGAAGAGCGCGUGGAACUGCGUCCUGGCGGGAAUGGCUCUGUGCGACUUCUCGGUUCUCUUCUUCUGUCUUCCGGUGGUCGUGUUCCACGAGCUCACGUUCAAGAGGCUGCUCGGAGACCUGUCGUGUCGGCUCGUGCCCUACCUGGAGGUGACGUCUCUCGGAGUGGCAACGUUCAGCCUCUGUGCCCUGAGUAUUGAUCGUUUCCACGCUGCCACCGGCCCCGGGCCCCUGCAGACGCCGAGAGUGGAGCCCUGCCAGUCCAUCCUCUCCAAGCUCGCCGUCAUCUGGGUUGGCUCCAUGGUGCUGGCUGCCCCCGAGCUGCUCCUGUGGCAACUCCUCCAGGAAACUGUCAGCCUGCCAUCGCUCCCCACUGACCUGCCGCAGAGCCAGCCGGCAGGCUCGCUGAUGUCGGCAUUCAGAGCCCGAACAGAUGCAUUUAAAGUGGAUAUCUGUGUUCGGGAGCCGUCUGCGGAGCUCCCAGAGAGCAUCUACUCUCUGGUGCUGACGUACCACGAGGCCCGGAUGUGGUGGAUCUUUGGGUGCUACCUCUGUUUGCCACUGCUCUUCACUCUGGCCUGCGACUUAGUCACGAGGCAAGUGUUGGCCCAGCGUCUGCUCCAGAGACCUGAUGGCGACAAGGUGCCCGGCAGGUGCUCCUCCUCCUCCUCUUCGUCUUCCUCCUCCACAAGGAAAAAGCCACAUGUGAGGGAGCAGCGGCUGCGCUCCACUGUGAUGGCGCUCACCAUCUUGUACAUCACAUGCAACCUGCCAGAGAGCAUCUGUAACAUCACCCUGGCAUACAUCUCCAUCCCAGAGUCCGCCGUGCUCCCGGCCGUUGUUCUGCCAGCGCUCAGCUUGAUCGGACAGUUCCUGUUGUUCGUGCGAUGCUCCGCGACGCCGGUGUUGCUGCUGUGCCUGUGUCGAUCGCUGGGCCAGGCCUUCAUGGACUGCUGCUGCUGCUGCUGUGAAGAGUGCCUCCCCGAAGGCAGCUCCUCCUCGUCGGCAGCCGCCACCUCCAUCCUCUCCUCGCCCACUUCGCCCUCUCCAUCGUCCCUGUGUCCUUCCAGCAAAGAGGACACGAUGAAGGGCCUGUUGGGGACAGAACCGGCUGUCUGCGACCGGGCUAAAGACUCUUCAGUAGCUAUCGGGACGCCGUGCUGAGACUGAACUGCCACACGUGGAACUUUAAAGGAUGGUUUAGGUUUAUUAAAACUUUGUUCUUAUUUUUAAAGUUUUGUGCAUCAUUUAUAUCAGUUAUAACAACAUGGCCGUCAGGAGACUAAUAGCCGAGAUGGUCACCGAGAAGAAGUCGGACAUGUCAAGUGUAAUAAAAUGUCAGAUGAUCAGAUUGGAAACAAGCUAAAAGUGAACUCAGAUUACACAAUAAGGCCAAAAGUAUGUGGACGAUCCUGUCUGGUUCUCUUCCUUCUUGGUUUUGAGCUCCUGAUUCCAAAACAUCAUCUUUAAACACCAACAUUCAACGUCCCUCUGUAUUAAUGUCACCACGUGUCUGUGAACCCGUCGAGUUUGUGUUGCUCUGUGCCCGAUGCAUGAUUAUCACAUGUUUUCCCUGAUGACAGACACAUGCAGUGUAAAGAAUCAAGACGAUGGACCAGCUGUCGUCACCAAACAUAACUCACAGGCUCGUGUCGGGUCUCCACUCUCUGAAAUAAACCUCAACAGCAGCUAGAGUGAGAAGAGUCUGUCAGAGUUGAAACUGGACGUAGGUUUGUGUGAGUGAAACUGUUUCUACACCUUCUAAACUUCUAUUUUAGUGAAAUGCUCAUCACAGUGAGAUUAUCUGAUUAAACGAAGAUCACGCAGGUUAUUUUCUCUCAGACAUUAUGUUUGCAGGCUGAUUCAUUUAAUGCACAAAACGACCUAAAUAAAACCCAAGCUGUGAUAAACUGGAAUAAUCUUUUAGUCUGUAUGAGCUCCUGGAGCAGAGACUAGAGUUAGAUUAUUGUAAAGAAAGUAUUGUUUUAAAAAGAAAAGGUUUGGAUUUAAUCCUGUUAUUAAAGGACUCAGUAGUUUAGCAGUUUUUUAUGCUACGUUUUACAUUUUGUAGUUAUUAAUAAUUGUCUAACACUCAUUCAGGAUAUUAGUUACCAGCUCUAAGUACUGUGAGAGCAUCACUGGAUAGUUUUGAUAUUUUAAAAUGGUGUUGUGGUUCAAACUGAAGAUGAAGACCUACUGAGACUGUGUCCAUAUAAACUGCUGUUUGUUUUUUUUACUGUAUUUUGCUGUUCAUACAUGGCUCAUGUAUGAUCCACUCACACGUGUCACGUGAGUCGGACGCCGCAGCUCCAGAUGUGUGAAAACACAUGUGGUUAAGAUACCGAAAUGUUUUCUGUGCAGACGGCAGCUUAAAAACCUGAUGAGAGAUAAAUCAUGAAGAGUCAUGGAACUAUUCAGUGUGAAGUGUUUUUUACUUUUAUUAUGUUUUAUUGUUUGUUUCAGUAAAAAUGUAGAUUUUC